GACGCCCAUCGCACCGAAUCGCGGAAGUAUCAGUCUGCUGCAGCCGGCUUUCCCUCCAUUAGCAAAAAUGCUGCUGUGGGUUCUGCUCAGCUUGCUGGUGCUGUUCAGUACCAUUGACUUCUGGUACUUCGUACGAGGAGCAUGGGCGGUCCUGAAGUACCUGUUUCAGGCCCCGAUCCGAGAUGUGUUGGCCGAGCAGGUCGUCCAAGGCCGGGUGCUGCCCCAUGAUAUCGAUUACAUGGGCCACAUGAACAACUCCCGCUAUCUGAGGGAGUGCGACUUCGCCAGACUCUCCUAUUACACGCGCAACGGGAUGUACAAGGCUUAUCACACGCUCGGCGCCAGGAUGGUGGUCGGGGCCUUGACCAUCCGCUACCGGCGCUCGCUCGAACUCGGAGAGGCGUUCGAGCUGCGCAGCCGCAUCGUGGCCUGGGACGAGAAGUCCUUCUUUAUGGAACAGCGCUUCGUCUCCAAGUCCGACGGCUUCAUCUCGGCCGUCCUCCUGUGCAGGCAGAACAUCACCCGGAGCACGCCCGAGGAGGUUUUGCAGCACAUCUGCAAGAGGAAGGUGGAAUGUCCUGAGAUCACAGAGGACCUUCAGCACUGGAUCAAUUUCAUCUCCGCUAGCAGUCAGGCGCUGAGAGCCGAAUGCGGCUUAGACGAGAAGACCAAGUGACGAUCGGCGGCGGCGUUUUAUUUAUCUAAGCACAUUUUAUUUAUUAUUAAUAUUUAUGUUCAGUCGGUAUGUUAGAGGGGAAAACUGGGGAAAAUCUUGAAAACGAAAUCACAGAGCCAUGCAUGGAGACUAGGGAUGCUAGUACUGUUUAUUUAUCAAAAGAAAAUCAUCAUGUCCAUUUGCUCAUAAAAAUGCUUGAAAACAUCCAAAUAAAAAGACACUAUAGCAUCUUCCUAUUAAAAAUAAAUACUGACAAAACACUGUAUUUUUAAAACAGAGGACGAUUGUGACUCGUCUGAGGACACCAGCAGUAUCAGUGGGCGUGGUCUUUAAAUCAGGCGAAAGGUGCCAGGAAUUCUGCACGCACACUCACUUACACACUCACUACAAGUAUUCGCAAUCGUAGAGAAAACCUGUCGGGCAUUAGAGUUGUGAGUGCUCAAAACUGUGGUGAGUCAAACUGAUAAUGAUGAUGAUGAUGGCAACUUGCGCUAAUUUGUAAUGGCACCCUUGAUAAUUCUGCUCCGUUUAAACACCGUAAUAUGUUUAAUUUUAAACUCAGCAUGAACAGUUUGUAGCCGUUGGGACAUAAACAAAGCAGCUACAGGCAUAAGCAAAGCUAAAUGAAAAACGAACUUGUACUUAGUUUGAACGAAAAAAAAAAAACAAGUAUUUAUACACACUUAGUUCAUUUAAAUAAAUGGAGUGGGAAGUAAUUACAUGUAGUGACUGUUUAGGUGGUCGGAGCUCUAGGUUGCUAAUCGGAGGGUCAGAGGGGUUCGAGCCCCACCACCACAACCAACAGGUCGACACUGUUGGGUCCUUGGUCAAGACAUUUAACCUGACGCCUCAUAAAACCCAGCACAGUCUGGUUAGAUAAUGGGAGGAGGUGUUACAGGACGGGCAUCCAGGAUAAAACUUGUGCAGACUCCGUGAGACGGCCCCUCGGUUAAGAACAAAACCAAAGGAAAAAAAAUUCUCUUUAUAAAUUAUUUGCAAUUUCUGAUACUGUAUUUUACCCUGAACUGACACACAUGUCUUUGACUCAAAAGGGAACAUUUAACCUAGCUGCGUAUGUAUUCUGUACAAUUUUUUUUAAUUAUUAUUAUUUGACCAAGUUCAGUAUAGGAACACGAUUUCAAGCUUGAAAAACGAUAUGAAAAUUGCUGUAUGACUGUAUAACAGACAAGAUUGCGCUGAUAUAAUAGCUGUGUCAGUCUCGUUGUAUUGUUUGUAGAUUUCUUUUAAAAGAUUGGAAUGUCAUUUUUAAUCGAUUAUUUAUUUAUUUAAAUAAUUGCACUAGAGAAUAGUGAUGUACUGUAACGCAGCUUGCUGCUGGCAAGACGUUUGCAUGUUUUCACUUUAAAAACGCACAUUGUUGUUGAUGAAGCGACGAAUGAGACGAUGAACCAAACCUGUGUUUUGAAAAGAAGCUGUUUGAAUAACGAGGUUUGUGAUGGAGUUUAAAUAAAAAAGAAAACGCUUAUUUUA